AUGGCGUCCUCCACUGUGCCGCACCCGCUGGCCCUGCCGUCCACCUUCUCCCCCGACACGCUCGACGCCCUCACCGAGCUCUCGCUCGUCCUCGCCAAGGUCCGCGCCGGCAUCCAGUCCUCCUCGGGCAUCACGACGGAACCCGCGCCCGGUGGCGGCGCCGGCGCCCCUGGCGGCCCGACCCUGUCCUUCAAGGAGGUGCCUGGCGCGACGGACGGCCUGAAGCACAAGCUGCAGCGAGCCCGCGCCCAGGUGCGCGCGUUGCCGGACAUGGACCGCACCAUCGGCGAGCAGACGGAGGAGAUCAGGGAUCUCGAGACGCGCAUCCGGACGCAGAGGGCGCUAUUGCAACGGCUGAGAGAUGAGGCCGCCGGCAGGGAAGGGAAAGAGGAGGCCGCAGGGGGGGAUAAGAUGGAGUUGUAA